AGGUGUGAACUUCCGUCAUUCAUUUUGCACCUUAAGCUUGUCUGGUUGCACCCACUGUUAGCUAUAUCUAUGCUUACCGGUUAUUGUUAAUGGUACUGAGGAGACAAUACGAAAUGCAUGCAUCUACCAGCCUUCGUCUUCUUUCCGUGCUUUUCAAAUUGUUGAAGGGAACUAACUGCUUUAAAUUUCUGAAACGACGAAUUCCCUCCGAAACAGUCAGGUUGCUGCACCGCAUAGUCAGCCUGAGGUGCAAGAUGGUGUGCUUACGUGUGGAAAUAUCGUUUCUAUCGAAAUGCAUUUUCGUACGUCGCUAUCCUCGUCCAGUGCUUUUACUGUUGCGUAGAAACAAACUCAAGCCCUCUGCGGCUAACCUUAAACGUGUGGCGUCCGCUCACCUAGAGACGGCUCAAACCAGACUUGUGGAACUACUAGAAACUCAUGCACGCUUACUACCCGUGGUCGAGGAUCUCUCUUUGUGUUGCCGGAUUGUUUUCACUAACUUUUGUAAAUCAACUCUUGAUCGUACGAGACGAAAUCGCUCCGCUCGUUUAGAAAAUUCGCUGAUGAACAACCAGGAGGAGGAACCAAUUGCUCGUGAUCCCAGUAAGUACGUGAUGAAUUUAUCGAACGUACAACUUGAUGCGUUGCAAUUAGAAGCAUUAUCACUUGGGCUUGAUUACAAAGUCCCCCCUAAGACCUUGAACGGCUUGUUUAUAGAAGCCCAAUUUGAGAACUUUUUUGACCAGUUUAAGGAGCUCCAACCAACCAGCCCUGAUAAGCAUAUUUGGUUCAGAAACAAGUUAACUGAUAUCGCCCAUGAGGUAAAAACCAUGCCAAUUAAUGAAAAAUGUGCCAUCACAGCUCGACAUUUUCAGGCUUUACGUGAACUACGAGCUAAGGACGUAGUCGUAAUGAAACCAGAUAAAGGUUCAGGAGUGGUAAUCAUGAAUAAAACCGAAUACAAUGAGAAGAUGUGCGUUAUACUCAACGAUGCGAGUAAAUUCGAACGGCUCACGAAAGUGGGGGACAUAACCAAUGUCGAAAUGCGCAUAAUUCGUCACCUGGAAUUACUUCUCCUCCACCGCGUGAUAGACUUGGAUACAUUUAAUAGUUUGAAGCCGAGUGGUAGCACUAUUCCCCAGUUGUAUGGGUCCCCAAAGACACAUAAGUGUGAAGUGCCACUCAGGCCAAUCCUUUCAAUGAUGAACGCGCCCCAGCACAAACUCGCUCGUUGGUUAGUGAAGUUGCUAGCUCCGCUGAAACAACAGUUCAAUCCGUACAGUCUUAAAGACUCGUUUCAACUCAUUGAUGAUCUGGAUGAACUCAACCUGUCAGACAAAGUUAUAUGUUCCUUGGAUGUAGAAUCCUUAUUUACCAACGUGCCGCUACAUCAGACGGUUGAUUACGUAUGCGAAUUAGCUGAAAACGGUGGCUGUUCGCUACCAAUUCCGACUGAAUUGCUAAGAGAAUCUCUACUAUUGUGCACGGAGAAUGUGGAUUUUCACUUCCGGAAUACACCAUACCGUCAGAUUGACGGCGUAGCAAUGGGUAGCCCAUUAGGUCCUGUGCUCGCUGAUUUCUUCAUGUUGAUGGUAGAAAGAAGCAUUUCUACAGAAAUAGCCCAGGUGCCAUACUACAAAAGAUAUGUCGAUGAUAUCUUGGCUUUCUGUUCGUCGGAGCAGCAGCUCACACAUUUGGUAGAACGGCUCAAUGGUGCUCAUGCUAACUUACGGGUUACAUGUGAAAUAGAACAAAACAAUUGUCUACCAUACCUGGACAUACUCAUAACUCGCAGGGAGGAUGGAUUGAUUAAGAGGUCAAUUUACCGAAAAUCGACUUGGUCCGGUCAGUACCUGCACUUCACCAGCUUCACACCAGUGCGGUACAAACGGACACUUGUGAAGACUCUAGUUAGUCGUGCCAGACGAAUUUGUUCGGCCGACUGUCUGGACGAUGAGCUGGUGUUCAUUACAGCAACACUAAUGGCGAAUGGCUACCCUCGAAGAUUUAUCGAGAAACACAGCCAACCGCGAGGACCAAAGGACUUGGUGCACACGGCAGCCAAGAAGAAAGUGUAUAUCGAGUUACCUUUCAAAGGUGACUUAGCCACGCUGAAGACAACCAAGCGUAUAAUUUCUGCUACACAAGGAAGUUACUAUGCUGCACAAGUUGUCGUUAUCAACCGAACCCGAAAUUUGCCCAUACCUCCAACGAAAGAAGCUCAGCCUAUUGGGGCCAACUCACACUGUGUAUACCAAUUUGUAUGUGACUGCGGAAAAAGUUACAUAGGCAGAACCAAUAGAACGCUGACUUCCCGAAUAAAGGAACAUGUGCCAAGAUGGGUUCAACGUGAAGUUGCUCAGAUUGCCUACCCUCGUCAGAUUCCAUGUUCGCGCAGACCGCCGGCUUCCUCGAUAGGCAAACACCUAUUAGACUCGGGUCACCAAUUAGAGCUGGGCUCAGCGUUUAAAGUUGUGUUACGUCACACUAAUCCCCGUUUCCUUCGGUUUGCCGAGGCUGUCGCAAUUAGCCGGAUUAAGCCCGCCUUGUGUGUUCAGAAACAAUUAUUUGUUAGCCUAAAGCUGCCUUGGACGUAGGUGUGAACUUCCGUCAUUCAUUUUGCACCUUAAGCUUGUCUGGUUGCACCCACUGUUAGCUAUAUCUAUGCUUACCGGUUAUUGUUAAUGGUACUGAGGAGACAAUACGAAAUGCAUGCAUCUACC